GCGCUAUCGGUUUAUACAGUGUUCACGAGGCAAGGGGCACCAUACUUUCAUCACCAUUGACCAAAUCGAGUAUACAAAGGGUGGAGCUCCCCUGCGCCUUGCACGCCCUCAGGAAUGCGACCGAGCCUCCAAACCACGACUGAUUUCCUUCAUAAGCACUUCUCCAGCACUUUCAUAUCUCGUUUCCGCACCACAGCACUACCGGUACAAGAGACAAAACCCAGCAUCUCGAUCCAAACCAUUACGAGAAUGGCAACAAUGCCCCCCCCUCCAAACACCACCACCAGCAGCAUAUAUCCCAUCGAGACAAUCUCUUGGACGUACAAUCUCAUCUUCUACCUAACCCCCCCGAAAGAAUAAUCGACUACCUCCAAUCCUCACCCUCGACAACUUUUACACGCCAUAAACAGCCCCUCCACAUUCCCCGGUCUCUGUAUCCUCCUCGUCUUCUUCACCGGCAGCUUCAUGCUUUUCCCUCA